UGUUCCCCCAGUACCAUGAAGUAUAAAUACCUCGAUGAGGGCAAUCAUUGUCACACUUCACCGCUUGUGUCCGGUCAGACCACAAGUACCUGGCCAGAAGGAAAAUUAGGAGACGCCAUGAAUCCUCUGUUUGAUAUGCUGCGCGGCGCCUCCGUGCUGGCUCUGGUGUGCAUGGUGUCCGCUGCGAAGCUGCCAGGAUACAGUGCCGGAGGCGGCUCUGGCUUGGGCGUUGACCUCGGCGGCGCAGGAGGCCACGCUGGUGGCGCAGGAGGCCACGCUGGUGGCGCAGGAGGCCACGGGGGCGUGGCAGGCGGGGCCGGAAGCGGCAAUGUUUACCAGGCAGUUCUCGUCGGCAGCGGACACCUCCCUGCUAGCGCUUUUGGAGGCGCUGCCGGAGGCGUUGCUGGGGGCUUCGCUGGAGGCGCUGCAGGAGGUGUUGCCGGAGGCUUCGCUGGAGGCGCUGCAGGAGGUGUUGCCGGAGGCUUCGCUGGAGGCGCUGCAGGAGGUGUUGCCGGAGGCUUCGGCGGAGGUGCUGUUGUAGAUGAAUACACUGGACCAGAUACUGGCUCUGUCGGCCCUGUUGGACCCGUUGUCGCCGUGGAGGACGAGUACGCUGGCGCAGGCCUCGACGGACCCUUCAUCGCCGUCGACCCCGCCCCCCUCCCGGAGCCCGUCGUCCCUGUCCCGACCCGCGUCACGCUUGACGACGAGUACACCGGGCCCAACGAUGUCGCCCACGUCAGCCCCCCUGUGGGCGAGUACGGCUCUCCAAGCUUCUAAAGCCGAAGCUGCGGAACUGCUGUCGCUGCUGACAUCUCCAAUGCAAAUUAUCUAUUUAAGAUUUGUAGACUGAAACGCAAAUCACUAUUUAUUGCAAACUCCUUAGUGAAACCUUCUGAGGAAUGAAUCAUAAUACAUAAAUUAUGAC